CCCGUUAUCUUUGUCUUUUGUGUCUCCCAAGUUAAAAAAUUCUUAGAACAAAAACCCUACUAAGUUCUCGAGCUCAGCUGAGGGAGAGAGAGGGAGAAAUAAGCAUGGCGUGCAGUGCUUCAGCUUGCCAGUCAAAUUGCUACAAAACCCAGCAGGAAGAAGAAGCUGUUAAAGCCAACAACAAUACCAAUUCAUUUGCUGCUAAUAUUAGCAGCAGCAACAACAACAGCAACAGUGGUUUGUGUCUGAAGUGCAAGGCCAACCAACCUAUCUCUUCCAAUAGCGACGGUGGUGACGAUGCACGCUUUUGCAUCGAUUGCUUCCGCGGCAAUCUCUUCGGGAAGUUCAGGUUCGCUGUGACCUCCAACGCCAUGAUUGCUCCUACCGAUAAUGUCCUCGUUGCCUUCUCUGGUGGCCCUUCUUCCAGGGUUGCCUUGCAGUUUGUACAUGAGAUGCAUAGUAAAGCGCAGAAGAAUUUCGAUGCAUGUAGGGAUAGAUCGUUGCCAGUUUUCGGUGUUGGAGUUGCAUUUGUUGAUGAAAGUUCUGUUUACUCUGCCCCCUCUAAUGAAACCGACAAAGUAAUUGGAGACGUUAGAUUGAUAGUGGAAAAUCUAGCCCCGCCAUCAAAGGAGUUGUAUAUUGUACCUAUUGAAAGUGUCUACUCUUCAGAUUCUGGUGAUGGAAGGGAGAGAUUAAAGAAGUUACUGGAUGCUGUUGGUGAUGCAACUGGGAGAGAAGAUCUCUUAUUACAUCUACGCAUGUUGGCCUUGCAAAAGGUUGCCUCUCAAAAUGGAUACAACAGACUUCUACUGGGGUCAUGCGUAUCGAGGAUUGCCUGCCAUGUUAUUUCAGCCACUGUCAAGGGCCAAGGAUAUUCGUUACCAGCCGAUGUACAGUAUGUUGAUGCAAGGUGGGAGAUCCCAGUUGUGCUUCCCCUUCGCGAUUGUCUUGCCAAAGAGCUGACCAUGCUUUGCCGCCUUGAUGGUCUAAAAACUGUGGAGUUGAUAAGAAGUCCUUGCACUGGCAUAAAUGGCUUGGUCUCAUCAUUUGUGACACUUUUGCAGGAAGAAAAUCCUUCUCGAGAGUGCACAAUUAUGAGAACAGCUGGAAAGCUUAUCCCAUUUCAUUUCAACAAAAUUGAAGAGAUUGAUGACUCUAAUGUUCUUUUGGCAACUCGAAGGCGUCAGAAGAGAUAUAACCUUAAACCUAAUGAAUCUUUUUCCUCCGAGUCGUUCUGCUUUAUCUGCAAUAGCCCACUCAGCAGAUCUGACUUGCUAAGUUUGAAGAACCUGGAGAGUCACAAAACAAGUUCUGUUUGCUGUUCAAGCUGCCAGUUCCAAAUACUUCCCCAAGACCCCUCAUCAGUAAAUGAGUUGUACACUCUUUUACCUGAGCAACUGUUUGCCCGAGCAAAGCAUGACAACCUUGACCAUUGCAGUGCCAUCAGGGAACAAAUACAAGAUUGCUUGCUUUCAGAAGGUGAAGAUGAAACUUGAGUCGGCUCACCCAUGCUUGGGAUCUCAAUUAUUGAAGCUAGUAAUUGGCAAUAUUUCAAUUUAGUCCUUCAGAUUGUUUCUAAAGGAUGGUGUUAGGAUUAUGGACCGCUAGUGGACUUGCGAUGCCAACAGCUAAUCAGUAAAACAGCAUGCAAUCAAUUUCUGGUCUUUGGACGACAUCCUGCUGUCCUAAUUGUCUAACAUGGUUUCGAAAUAGCGAUCAUUGAUUUCUGUCUUGGUGGUGGUAUUUAUGUUGUGUAUCAGAAGUUGCAAAGUCAAACUUGGUUCAGUGAAAUUCUACCUGGCUUGAAAAUUAUUAGAUUGUUUCCGCUUGAUGUGCAGAAAAUUCAAUACUCUGCUUUAUUCUAGCAUGAUAUGCAUGAGAAGAAAUUGUGAGUAAAUUGUGUUGAGCAAUGAGUGCAAGUCGAAUGGCUGCUAUGAUAGUGGUAGGAUUCUCCAAUUCUUAUGAACAGUCUAGUUAUCACUGGUCCGUAAGUUGUUUGUGCUAAUGUAUUUGGCAAGUGGCCCAAGUCAUUGUACGCAAGUAGUUAGGGCUACCUGGCAGCUUCUAGGGCUUUUGUUUACCUUGUGGGGGGCAAUGUUCGCUAUGAGUAGCCCUUCCUCAGUGGAGGCACUCAUUCUCGUUGCGAAAUUCUAUAGUGAGGGUGUCAUAUAUGGACUCUUCGUGUAGACAUUCAUAUUAGUCACAUGAUUAUUUUAUUAAACUUAAAUGAAGUUACUAUUUAGAGAA